AUGAGUCACGACACCUCCUCUCAAGCCAAGGCUUGCGGAGACCUGCUGCUUUCCGAGACAAGAAAGUGCAAUGUAGGUGCCAACUUGUCCAUCGCAUAUAGCACCGCUGGCUCUCCUCAAGCUCGCCAAGCAAUCUUGCUAGUGCACGGAUAUCCUCAGACAUCCUACUCUAUGCGAUAUUUGCUGUCUGGAUUCGCCCAGGCUGGCUACUACGCGGUAGCGGCAGAUUACAGAGGCGCCGGUGGCAGCAGCAUGACAGCUUCUGGGUAUGAUAAAAUGACCAUGGGGGAUGAUUUGAACAGUCUCAUGGUCGAUGUUUUGGCGCGCAAAGAAUACAUCGUUCUGGGCCACGAUAUUGGGAGCAUGGUGGCAACGGCACUCACCUUGAAGCACAGGAGCAACAUCAAAGCCCUCGUGAUGAUGGAGUGCCCCCAACCGGGCACCAAUGCCUAUCAAUUGUCUAUCAAAGAUCCCGAAUUCACCUUUCAAUAUACUUUUCAUUUCUUCUUUCACAACUCCAAAGACUUGCCAGAGCUCCUCACGGCUGGCAAGGAGGGAUUGUACAUUCAACACUUCUACGAUCGAUUGGUGAGUUUAGCCUGACAGCCCAAGAGGAUCUCGAAGACUGCGCUGAAUGCAACUCCUGCCUGUACUCCCCGCGCGCGACAGGCACACAAGCCCUACUUUCUGACUUCUUCCGACAGAGAGCACUACACGCACGCGUUUGCUCGCGCAGGAAGGAUGCAGGCAGGGUUUGAAGUAUAUCGAGCGUUCCAAAAAGACGACCAGGAUAUCAAGGAGAACAUCGCAUCCCUUGGAAAAGCCAAUUUACCGUUUCUUGCCACCGGCGGAGAGCACAGCGUCUUCACGAAGGUGAGCAAAGCUGAGACGAAGUAGCUCGUCGUCCGAGAAGAGAUAACAUUGACAGAUCGCCUCUUGACCGCACGGGCGUUAGCACAUUCAAUCUAUGGCAGAGGAAUUGUCCAACGACGUGACUUACAAGCCCAUUUCGGAUUCUAUGCACUGGGUCCCUGAGGAAAACCCCAAGGAGCUGAUCACCACUGUAGUCGACUUUCUGAAGAGCAAGAGCUUGGGCGCUUGA